AAAAUAAACUCGGGUGCGAGUCAGUAAACUGGUCAACGCUGUGCUGUGCAGUCUUUCGCGCCAUUCUUGCUCUCAACCAAUUUGUGCCGUGGGACUAAAAAUUGUUUGUGAUAAAAAUUUCUUCUGUGGUGGUAGAGGCACGAAAUACAAAAAAAAUCUAUUUAGCGGUGCGAGGAACGGCGAGCGCCGGGAAGAGGUUGAAUUUGAACUGGUGGCAGAGAGCACGCAAUUGAUACACGAGGAGUGGAGGCAGUGUUUCCUGCUCUAGUGGUGGUGUCUCAUCGGCAUUGAUCACAAAUCACCGAGAGAUCCAGCAGCAGCAGUUGAGUCAGUUCAAUAGUCACUGUGCUCCAGAGUGGACGCAAAAUUUGCCUUUGAGAGAAGAAAACUUCCCGCAACGAUCGACAAGUUCAUCUAAAAUUCUAUUUUAAAAAAAAAUUGAGUCCCAUAUAUACGAAGAGCGAAAUUCUUUUUGGCUGAAUAAAUAUCCUCGUAUACAACUUCCAUUGAAGACCCACCACGAAUUCGUGUGCAAAGUCAAACGAGGGAUAUUUAUAGCUCACAUCGAGAGAGUUGCGAGCAUUUUUUUUAAACGGACAGAAUUUAUUUUAUCGGGUUUCGCUCCUCCUGUCGGUGCCAUUUCUCUCUCUUUUUUUUCUUAAUUUAUUUCGGGAGGAGACUGUCAAGAAAAAUCCACACAAGAUCUGGGAAGCACGAGAGAUUCGGGUGGUGUGCUGAUCUCACGCGAAAUUCCUCACAGUGACCACGAGACUCUUGGUGCGGAAAUUUGAGGAAGAACAAAAUAAGAAAACGAAGGAAAAAAAAAGUGCAAAGCGAUUGAACUUCACAAUUUCCCCUGGCUGAGCAGUUCAUCCUGCAACAAGAUCAGACAUCCAAGUCAAAGUGGCAAGAUCCAGUGGCUUGUAUUUGGCCAAAUUAACAAGUUUGUUGCAUUAUUCAUUGCGGUUUCAAAAAUAGAAUAGACCAAGCAAAAGUGAAAAAUAGUUGUGCGAGCAAAGGCCAGGAACUGUUUCGUUUUUUUCCUUCAUAAAAUACCAUAAACUUGGUUCUCUCUGUUUUUUAAUGCAAAUUAAACUAUAAAAAUAGUCACAGAUCGAGAAGAAAGUUGUCGAUCAUCUGAAAGUUGGUGCUGUUGAACCCUUUCCUAAAUACAGAAACGCUUCAACAAAAAAAGGCCAUUAAACCACAAAGUAUCAAUUAUAAAUUGAUUUCUCAACCUGUGCUGAAGAGCUGGAAAUAGCGUUUAGUGCAGAAAAGAGGCGGUGUUUUUUCCUUCUUACAACUUCAUUCUUUGCCAGGAAAAGAAACCUACUCCGCAUCUAGCCAUGUCAACGGAAAAGUCACCGAUUCGUCGUGUCACAGACAUGAUCUCAUGCCGUCAAGUGCUCAACAUUAUGGUGAUCCUGGGCUUUAUGCUCAACUAUGCCCUCAGGGUGAAUCUCACAAUUGCCAUUGUGUCCAUGGUAUCCAAUACCACGGUACCCCUGCUCAAUACCACCGACAACACAACCAUUGCUGAGAGUGCUGGGCAGCGCUUCAACUGGGAUAGUUUGCAACAGAAUUUUGUCCUGGGCAGCUUCUUCUGGGGCUACAUCCUCACGGAGUUGCCGGGUGGGCGAUUGGCUGAACUCAUUGGGGGUCGUCGGGUAUUUGGACACAGUAUGCUCUGGGCCAGUGUCCUCACUCUCAUCACUCCCUUUGCCGCUAUGCUCCACUAUGUUGCCCUAAUCAUCGUCCGCGUUCUCUUGGGCUUCAUGCUCGGCGCUUCCUGGCCAGCCAUCCACCCAAUGAUUGCUGUGUGGAUUAAGCCGAUGGAUCGCUCCAAAUUCAUGUCCAACAUGAUGGCUUCAUCACUUGGAGCUGCCAUUACAAUGCCCAUCUGUGGUUUCCUCAUUGAAUACUGCGGCUGGACGAGUGUCUUCUACGCCACAGGUGGUGUGGGCCUCAUUUGGUCUAUCACGUGGUUCAUGACAAUCUACGAAUCCCCCGCUGUGCAUCCACGUAUCACAACUGAGGAACGGAGGGAGAUUGAGGAAGCCAUCGGCAAUACAACGUCCAAAAAGCGUCCCAGCUACGUGCCAUGGAGGCAGCUUCUCACCUCUGGACCAGUAUGGGCUAUUAUCCUUGUCCACGGUGCUUCUGUCUUUGGUUUCUUCACUGUUGUCAAUCAAUUACCCACCUACAUGAAGAAUGUUCUCCACUUUAACAUUAAAGAGAAUGGUCUUCUGUCCUCCCUUCCAUACCUUGGAAAAUAUAUUAUGGCUGUAUCUGCUUCUUACUUAGCCGACUACCUCAGGCAGGCUAAUCGUCUCUCAACAACAGCUGCAAGAAAACUCUUCACCACGUUUGCUGUUUUGCCGCCUGGACUUAUGAUGAUUGCACAGAUCUUUAUGGGUCACAAUCGUGUCUUUGCUGUGACAAUCUUCACCAUCCAGCUUACCCUCAAUGGUGCUGUUACAGCUGGUUACCUGGGCAAUGGCCUGGACAUUGCACCUAAUUUCUCUGGAACAAUCUUCGGAUUAGCUAAUACGCUUUCUUCUCUCUCUGGAUUCCUUUCAAACUUCAUGGUCGGCUGGCUGACCCACAAAAAUCAAACCUACGGACAGUGGCAGAUUGUCUUUGGAAUCCUUGCCGGUGUCUACAUUACGGGAUCAAUAAUUUACCUUUUCCUCGGCACAGGUGAACUGCAGGAAUGGAAUAAUCCACCAGAGAGGAAAAAGAAAGGCGAGGAAGAUGCUGAAGAAGGUGUACCACUAAAGAACAAUAAGAUUAUUUCGUAAAGAAAUAUUUUUCAAAAAAAAAUGCAAGAAAUCUCAGAGAAAUUCUCUGGCUCUGGAAGCAUCUAAUUUUCUACGAGACUUCUAAAACAGGAAGCUUUUAGAGAAUUAAAAAAAAAACCAAGAACACUGUAGCAUGAAGUGAUAGUGAAAAAGUAUGAAUUUGUAGACAUUUAGGAUGUUUUUUUUUAUAUAAGUGAAAAUGUAGUAGUUUUUUGUUUAGUUUAAAUACGAGAUUUAGUGAAAAUGAUUAAUUUCGUCUCGGAGAAUCUGAUUAUCGAGGAACUUGCACAAAUGACAGUCUGACUAAUUCUUAGUGAAAAUCAAGGAGAUAAAUUAUAUAAAAGAAGCGUAUAGAGAUUUAUUUCUUCCUAAGUCUUUUUCAUGUCUUUUGUAUAUCAGCAAUGCAUUAGAAAUUCUAAAGAAAAAAUGAAAAUUCGGUAAGGCAUCACACGAUGGAGCUAGGAUAAUCAAUUGGAAAAAGACGAUAGAAAUGCAGGGUGCAUUAAAAAAAAUUCAGCUAUUUGUAACUGUUUUAGAGAAGCUUUAAUAUUAAGUCAUCAUGCUGAGAAAAAAUCCAUACAUGGUACAUAAAUGCAGAAUGGCGACCAAUUUUUGGAACAUACAGUGAUAUAUUAAAAAAAAAAAAGUUUGAAAACACAUUUUUUUCUACUUAACGCAUACACAAGACACAAACUUUAAAAAAAAGGGAAAAAUAAAUAAAAUCGAAUACAUUUUUUUUAAUUUAAUAUGAAAAGAUUGAUAUACCGUAAGAUUGUAAAUAGAAUAUCUAUUUUUAUUAGAUUUGUAUAUAAAUUGAGUACAUAAUAAAUGAAAAUUUUUGCCAUUA